GCGCCGUGCGCGGAGCAGAGGGUUGACUCACGUUAGCGCUGUCAUGGCGGCUGCUGGGCGGGCUGCAGCCGGAGCCGGCGCCCUCUGCUCCGCGCUCUUCCUGCUCCUCCUCUGUGCUGCCGCGGGCCCCGCCUGGGGAUGGGGCCAGCAUGGGAGGGUUCUGCUGCGGGAGGUGCAGGCGCUCACUCUCCACAGAGAGCAGUACACGACAGCCCGGCGGACAGCUGCAGUCCCUCAAUUACAGUGCACAGGAGGCACUGCUGGAUGCUCCCACAUCCCGGAGGUUGUGCAGUGUUACAACAAAGGCUGGGAUGGCUAUGAUGUACAGUGGCAGUGCAAAGCAGACUUGGAAAAUACUCACCGGUUUGGAAAGAUGGAAGUGAGCUGUGAAGGCUUUGAUUACCCGGAUGAUCCUUACAUCUUAAAGGGCUCCUGUAGUUUGCUGUUCAGGCUAGAGCUGACUGAGGAAGGUGAAAGGAAAGUGAAGAACCCUGGAAGCUUUAGCUAUUAUCAGUCAAGGAAGGAUUCUUCUGAUUCUGGUGCUGGAGCGAUUCUUGUAGUUGUUCUCCUGGCUCUUGCUUUUGGAGUAUACAAGUUCUUGCUCAGUAACCAGCAGCCAGAGCAGAGUUCUGGUGACAGUGAUGGAUUCACUAGGCCUUCCUGGCAGAGUCAUCGGGCACCUCCUCCUCCUGGUUUUAAGUCCAGCUUCACAGAUGACAACAACUUUGGGACUCAUUCCUAUCAUGGAACCAAUUCAGGACCAGGAUUUUGGACUGGAUUAGGAGCAGGAGGCUUGCUAGGUUACUUGGCUGGCAGUCACAGAGCCCAGCCACAUUCCCCAUACUACAGUACAUGGGCAGAUCCCACAGCUGCACCUCCAAUGAAUGGUCAGCCAAGCAAUGCCAUGCAAGGUAGCAGUUCAGGAACAAGAACUGCUUCUGGGUUUGGGGGCACAAAACGAAGAUGAAGUCCUUGACGUUAUUACACCUGAGUGAUUGAACUAAUCUUCCUGUGUACUAGUACUUUUUUAUUAGUAGUAGGCUUCAGCAGUGGAUAUGAAAAAAGGUGUGAAGGACUAGGCAAAGAAUUCCUUACUUUCCCUGUGGAAAUGUGGAUUCUCACUCUUGUUUAGGGUAUCACAGGUGCUGGAAGAUCUGCUAUUUCAAAACCAUGGCUUCUCAUAAGGUACAAGAUAACCGCAUCAAAGUUAAGAAGGAUGAUGUUACAGUGCCUGUACAUGAGGGCUUGUGGCACUGGUAGCCUUGCCAGAUCUGCAAAGCCAAGCAGCUUACUCAUAUUCUGGGCUUAAUUUCAUCUAAUUCAGAAUUUCUGGGUUUUUUCCUCUUAGCGGUCCAGCAUCUGAAAGGCCUAGUAUGUGAUGCACCUGAUAUCUGAGGGGUGCUGCUCUUUGAAACCACUCUUGUUUUUCUUUGUCAAAUUGUGAAUAUUACGUGCAGUCAGCUACUCAGAUGAGUGUCAGGUGUUUACUUUAGUGGACAAGAGCAAAACUAUAUGUAGAGUAAGACUAACAUUAAUGUUUGUAUCUGUGCUAUGUGACUAUUGGAGCCAAAAUUUGCAGAUUUGAGGACUCUCCAUGUUGUAGGGUUUAUCCAAGUGGCUCUGCAAACCUGGAGGAUUUUGGGUAUAAAUUAUGAAGAAAAAUUAAAAAAACCUGAAAUGGGACUAGAUGGUCCUUCUUUAAAUUGGACCUUUUUCUGGAAGACUGAGGUCAUUUAAAUUCAGGUGGCUACAGCCGCUUUGCCCACAUUGAGGCUCCAGACUUUCUUUUUACAGUGGAUGUUAGCAAUACUGUGAAAACCUUCUGAUGUGAACAGUCUGUCCUGGACACUGUGAACCAAAGGUGCCCAUUGCAAAAGGGAAGGAAGCAUUCUUAAUUCAAAGCUAGUAGUAUCUUGAGAACACAUAGCAGGCCUUGAGACUAAGCAGAGAAAGGAAAUUGAAUGUCUAAUGGGAUGUAAACUUUCCCUAAUGUACCUUUUAAAACAAAGGGCCGUCAAAGAGCGGGAAGCAGAGAGGCCUUGCUUUGUUCUGCGAUGAUGUUCUGGGGCUCUGAGAAGUGUCAUACGGUUUUCAUGUGAUUGACAGUGCCCUGGAGAGGCAGUGCUGGAAAGAAACAGAGAACUUCCUCAGGACUGGGAGGAGAGAGGAGAAGAGUGAAAAAUGGGCUGCCUGACCACCAGGUCUUCUCCAGAGGCAAUCCUAAUGCAUCUUAGAAGUGUGUGUGUGCACACACAGCUUUUCUACACUGGCAGCAGCCUGAGGAGCACAGCGUUCAUCCUGGGGAAAACACUGUGUCUGGGAUCUGAUGUAAACUGUUGCAGCAAAAGCAGAGCACUGUUGUGCUGAUACAAGCUGCAUAUAUAUCUGUGAGGAGAUUUAGGAUUUAGAUUUAGUCUAGGAAAGUGAUGUCAGCGUUACUCAUCAAAAAGCAACUAUGGCUGUUAAUGAGUACAGAAAUAAUUGGCUCAAAUGGUAAUGUCCAAGUUCAGUGUCUAGCUUAAGAAACAACAGCAAAAGAAAAGAAAAUCUUUAAGAGGUCAGCAGAAGCUAUGAAAAAGUGUAGAGCUUGCACUGAAAAUGAGGGGGUCAUGAUAAGAUUGAUAACUUGAGGAUAAAAUAGUGGUUUGCUUCUCAGAGCAGAGCUGCUUGUGGAUUGGGGAAAAAAAUCUCCAUUAAGAGCCUGCUCUAUAAACUUAGGAGGCCUGGUAGAAAGUUUAACCUUUUAUGAGGAAAAGCAUAUGAUAAAUCUCUAUCUUUUUGACCAAAUAUAGUAAAAUAAUGUAUUUUAAAUGCGAAGGUCUUACGUCUAAGUGUAUUCAGGUUGAAACUUGUCACAGUCAAUACUCUUAGCCAACUAAUUACCUAACAAUGAAACUGGAUUUUUGCUGAGUAGUUUGAAGCUGAAGUUUGCUCUGAAGUUAUGAUGUGUUAUGAAAAGUUUUAAACAAUGUUUUCAUUUGUAUUUAUAGCUUCUGCAUGAAAUGUGAUUUGAUGCGUAAACCUGAUAAAUUGCUGUUUCUGAAUCUGUUUGUAGGAUAUUUUUGCCCUUCCCUUUGAUAAAGUAGUAAGUGAACAAGGAGUAUUUUUGUCUUUAAAGCACUGUCUUGAGGUCUGCAGGGACCGCACAGUCUAAUUUUCAGGGUUAGCUAUCUCUCACCAUCCACUUCCUGGAUGGUGUAAUAACAUCCUUUACCCCCUGACACAGAGCUGGUAAGCUGUAUAUUGUUUCAACAAAAUAAACCAAUACCAGGAAGAGA